UUUUCUAACGGAUAUGCCUGUGGAUAUGAACUUGUUGGGAUUACAGUGAAAAAAUUGACCGUUUGCACUGCAGAGUCUCUACAAAAUUGUUUAAAAAGCUUCACGACAAAAUUAUACUAUAGUCCUAAGAAUAUGGUGAACAAAUUUGAAAGGCACUAUAGUGCCAGCAAGAAACAGGCCUAUUUUUUUUUUGCAUUAUACACACAUUUAGACGAGAUAAAAGAAUUUAAUCUGAUUUUGCGGUGAUACUUUGUUCAAAUUUUGAAGAUACAAUCAUAUCUUAUCAAAAUGUAUGAUCCGCAUAAUGACAGACGUGGUUCUUGCUGGCACUACAGUGCCUUUCACAAUUGUUGAGAAAGUAUCAGCGCAAAAGCAGACUCUAUAUUCUUGUAUCUCGUCUAAAUAUAUAAUACACAUAAAGACAGCGGUGUUUCUUGCUGGCAGAGUGGCAAACCGUUUGUGCUUUACGAAUUCAAAUGUGCUAGUAGCUUUCUUCGGUUAUAGACGGCAUGUUUUGCCACUCACUGUCCCCUGUAAGAAAGCUUUUUGCUGUUAUUUCUACACGAGAGCAAUAGAGUCCAAUAAUGGGGAUAUUAAGACAACAAAAUUUUUUAAGGGCGAUCCUGCACUUUUGAAAUUACCAGACGAUGUAUGGGAAACUUUAGGCAAGUACAGACUACUCUCCAGAGUACUACGUGGCGGGAUUUCCGGUUCGGGUGAUGUUCUUCAUCCAGCUAACGCUGUUUUCAAAAUCAAAUAUGUUUUGAUAUGUCGAUAAAUGUUUAUCCAUCAGGAACAUAAAAUCAAUUUAUACCACUGAGUAGAUAAAUAAGAACGAACCGACAAUCCAGAAAUGCCUGCUGUUGUUUAAUAU